AUGGGUAAGGAAAAGGUUCACAUUAACAUUGUUGUGAUUGGUCAUGUCGACUCGGGCAAGUCCACCACCACUGGUCACUUGAUCUACAAGCUUGGUGGUAUCGACAAGCGUGUGAUUGAGAGAUUCGAGAAGGAGGCUGCUGAGAUGAACAAGAGGUCAUUCAAGUAUGCUUGGGUGCUUGAUAAGCUCAAGGCUGAGCGUGAGCGUGGUAUCACCAUUGAUAUUGCCUUGUGGAAGUUUGAGACUACCAAGUAUUACUGCACUGUCAUUGACGCCCCUGGACAUCGUGACUUUAUCAAGAACAUGAUUACUGGUACCUCUCAGGCUGACUGUGCUGUUCUUAUUAUCGAUUCCACCACUGGUGGUUUUGAGGCUGGUAUUUCCAAGGAUGGUCAGACUCGUGAGCAUGCUUUGCUUGCUUUCACUCUUGGCGUCAGACAAAUGAUUUGCUGCUGUAACAAGAUGGAUGCCACCACCCCCAAGUACUCCAAGGCACGUUAUGAUGAAAUUGUGAAGGAAGUCUCAUCCUACUUGAAGAAGGUUGGAUACAACCCUGACAAGAUCAACUUUGUUCCCAUCUCUGGUUUUGAGGGUGACAACAUGAUUGAGAGGUCUACAAACCUUGAUUGGUACAAGGGUCCAACUCUCCUUGAGGCCCUAGACAUGGUCCAGGAGCCCAAGAGGCCUUCUGAUAAGCCACUCCGACUUCCACUUCAGGACGUGUACAAGAUUGGUGGCAUUGGAACGGUCCCUGUUGGUCGUGUUGAAACUGGUAUUCUUAAGCCCGGUAUGGUUGUGACCUUUGCUCCUACUGGUCUGACAACUGAAGUUAAGUCGGUUGAGAUGCAUCAUGAAGCACUCCAGGAGGCACUUCCUGGUGACAAUGUCGGGUUCAACGUGAAGAACGUUGCUGUUAAGGAUCUCAAGCGUGGUUACGUUGCAUCCAACUCCAAGGAUGAUCCAGCCAAGGGAGCCGAUACCUUUACUGCCCAAGUCAUCAUCAUGAACCACCCUGGUCAGAUUGGCAAUGGAUAUGCCCCUGUUCUUGACUGCCACACCUCUCACAUUGCUGUUAAGUUUUCUGAGAUCUUGACUAAGAUUGACAGGCGAUCUGGCAAGGAGCUUGAGAAGGAGCCCAAGUUCUUGAAGAAUGGUGAUGCUGGUUUCGUGAAGAUGAUUCCCACCAAGCCCAUGGUGGUGGAGACUUUCUCCGAGUACCCACCUCUUGGCCGUUUUGCUGUCAGGGACAUGCGUCAGACUGUUGCUGUUGGUGUGAUCAAAGCUGUUGAAAAGAAGGAUCCAACUGGAGCGAAAGUCACCAAGGCCGCUGUCAAGAAAGGUGCCAAAUGA